AUGGUCAAUACACGUACAACACCAUCUAAAGUCAAUCCCAUAAAGGACUCAUCAUUCAUAUCUACAGCAACACCCAAGAAACCACGUACCCCAAAUCAUACAUCUAUACAAAAACCACCCAUAGAAUCAAAACCAAAAAAGUCCAAAUCCAAACCCAAGAAACAGAAAAGGAAAAAGAAUGAUCCCAUAAAUGAUACUGUCUCGGCAUCAGAGCUGUCUAAUCCAGCCAGACACGAUAGGCUCACAGUCACUUUGGUUCCCUCGAGUGCAAUCAGCAAAAAUCGCCUUAAAAAACCAAAAGCUACUACUAAAACCGAUACAGAUUCUUUACCAGACCUAAAGUUGUCCAGCAACUAUAGCGACAAUGACAAAGAUUUUGACGAGCAAAGCAUCGAGUUGAUCAAGAAUUACACAAUCAGUAAAUCGGGUAGUGCAAGACGUAAACCGAAAAGUCGACCAGUGACAACUGGGGACAAUGAGAAAUAUCAAACUGUGCCCUGGGCAGAUGACUUGGGUCCAUAUUAUGGUGGUGGAAGUGAUCAAACGGAUCUGUUUGCAGAUGAGAUUGAAUCGGAUGCAUCUUCGGAGUAUCAUUUUAACAAUUCAUGCAGCGAUUCCUCAGUUGCUGCUCUAGCAUUGUCCAAGACGGAUCUAGAUAUUACAGUAAAUAAUGUAGCUGAAUACGCGGAGCAGUGGGUGCCCAUUAAUGAUUCUGUAUCUAAUUCCAAGCUAAAUCUAAAUGAUGAGUGCACAAAAUCAACCACCGAGUUGGGGAUACCAUCACAAGUCACAUUUACAGAUCAAGUUGAUGUAAUAACGCUCAAUAAUGAAAACACUACUGACGCAUCUGAAAUCGGGGUAGAAUCACACAGACAAGAAAUAGCUGAAAGUAUCCCUACGGCAACUCUACCAAAACUCAAGACACAUAAACUUAAGCUUGUCAUGUACCCAUUAGCACCACCGCGACCAAGGGCACCACCAUUAGCUCAUCAUGAACAGUUUACGGAUAUUGGAGUUGAAACGUUGGACAGCACAGCAUUUACUCGUCUUAGUACUCCAUUUGUUCGUAAUGUUUGGAGAUGUAGAAAAACUGAUGCGUUUCAACAUGAUACUACACGUCCAUUGACCGCAAUCCUUCCACAACAGCCAGAUUCAAUUUCAAAUCCACCCAAGGAGCUCAAUCAAAUAGAUAUCCAGCUACUUAAAUUAAACACUUUAAACAAGAAAGUUGCAUCAAUUCAAUCAGAUCCAACAACCUCGACUUCCAACACAAAUUUUCAUAAUCACCCUCGAGGCAAAAAACAAAACAGUACUUGUCAAAAACGUGUGCUCAAAUUGCGUGUAACAUCGGCAUUUUCACGACUUCCUUUAGCCAAAACAAGUCGAAUGUCUCAAUUGCAACUUGAUUUGCUUAAUCAAGAAACAAAAAGAAUUAAACCUAACCGAUCAGCUGUUAAACCUAAUCGAUCUGGUGCAGCUUUGUUGAAUUUGGCACGCAGUUUCAAUGUGAAUAACUUGAAUGAAAGGGCUUCGCGAAUUAUACAUGCAUCAAAACAGAAUACAUAUCCAGUUGAAUGUGUUGAUUCCAUUAAAGACAGGUUGGAUAAAGAUGGACAUAAUGACAGUGAAAAGCCAGCCAUAACUUUAAACGUUGUAGCAGAUCCAUUGGCUGAAUCAUUCAACACACAUCGCGCUAGAGAGCAUACUAAAAUAACUGUUGCUCCAAAUCAAACCCAUCAUGCCACACACCAUACUCCAUACAUUCUAGGACAGAUUAAUGUUUCUAAAGAUAGACCAAAAACAUCGAUAGUAACUAAUCUAAAAACUCAGUGUUUGAGGGGGAAUCAAAGUAUAGUAUUGUCAGAUCAAACCAACAGUGCAGAACUAAAAGAAGCCACUUUUUGUAAAUCUAAACGACCAACUACUCGAAACCUCUAUGAGGAUCAACCAAAAAAUCACAUUCUCCCACCAGCUGUACAUUUUCAGGAACUACUAUUGACUGUCAAUCAACCACCAACCAAGUCUACUUUUGCUAAUGCCACGUUUGAAAAAUUGACGGACAGGCUAAAGAGUUCAUAUCAGCAGGACUGUAGUACAUGUGAACAUUGUAAUAGGCAGAGAAAUGUAGCAGAUAAGCAUAAAAUCAAUCAGCCCAAAUGUUCUAUAAAACCCUUGGAGAUUGCAAUCGAGUUGUCACCUGCUCGCAUACCAUCUCAUAUUUUGACUUUUGAGCGCAAUCAAGGUUUACGAUUGCCUUCUUCGAGUGCACUCCCAUUUCUUACUCAAAAUGAUGUUUUGACAAAAAGAUUGCCAGAUGAUGGCUCAGUAGUUCCCAUUUGCGCAACUCAUGCUCGUGUCCUGCAAUCUCGUCAAAAAAAAAGAUCAUUGGAGAUUGUUUGGACAACAGCAGGUACCAAAAACAAGUCUAAAUCACGACAAAACACACAAGCAGACUUAUCUUCUGGCAACCCUAUACCACCAGAAGUUUUGGCUAGCGUUGUUUCGCAACGGAUAUCCAACUAUAUUCUCAUGACACAACAACAUCGACGGGAAAUGCAGGCUGAACGACAAACCAGUGGACGAUUGAAAGAAUUGUCAAUACUGCCUCAGUCUCACUUUCCAAAAAUAUCUAAUACAACGAACCAUACAACUGAAUCAGGCAAUGAUACACGUCAACACAGUAAAUCUGCAGAAAAUCUACAAACCAAUUUAGAUUCAGCCAUGAGCACCUUUGUCCAUUUUAGUCAUAGAGCCACCAGCUAUCCAUUACUUGGUAAAUCGAUUAAAAGCAAGAAUACCGACAUUGAUACGCUUUGUCAAUCCAACAUAAUAUAUAAACAUUCCCAUCCGAUUACCAAAACCACACACCCAAAGACUCCACCUCAAAUGGAUCAAAAACACGCUAAUACGACUAUGCUAACAAAUAGUUUAUUGAUAGACCCAAGUACCAAUAGCUCGGAUGAUAUUUUUGAUACCAAACAGUUGAAUUGUGCAACUCCCAGUCCAUGGAAUUAUAUAUUGAAUAAUGGCUAG